UGGAGUUUCUUCACUUCAGGAAACACUUCAGGAGUUUUGAAGUCCUCAUCUGAUCUAUAGGAUUUCCAGGAGACAUGUGUCGUGAUGUUCUGUUUCCCUCAUUUAUUUAUUUAAGAAGUGUAUGAUGAGAACAUCAGACAGAAAUCAGACUCUACUUCCCUCAUGGAAGAAGUUGUGACACUGAGCUUUAUGAGGAUCAUCUAAAUGCUGGAUGUUCCAGAUGAUGUGAAGGUCACAGUACAGACUCAUUAAUCUGCAUGACUUUCUUAAAUGAAGGAUCUGUGGUCAGCGCUCUGUUUUUAUAGAGACAUCCACAUUUUCACGCUUCUAAACAUGAUGCUGAACAAAAGGAACUGUGAUUGGUCACUUUACAUGUCAGUCGGACGUCCUCUUGGACGGUUCCCUGGUCAGUAAAAGCUGCUGUGGAGUCCAGUGUGGAGUGAGGCUGAGCCCUUCCUAACACAGCAAAGUGUUAUUAGCUGUUUUCACAUCCUUCAUGAUCUUCAUCGUCUGUCUUAAGCAGCUGCAUGAGUGACCUUCACCUUUGUCCAAACGCUUCACAGCCACCAAAUCAGUACACAGAUCUUUUUCCUCAACAAACCCAAAGGACUGGUCACUUUGGGUUUUCCUCUGGCUCUAAACAUCUUUUGUUGGUGUUCCAGUUCGACUGGAAAACUGUGCACAGGAAGUCUGAUGUAGAAUUCUUCAUUGUAAAGAAAAUGUGAUGAAAUCUACCUGGACAGGUAGCAGUGCACUGGGACACCUUGCCCAAGACCAACCUCUGUGUGGAGAAACCUGGACAUUUCUCACACUCAGAUCCCCGUUUCACUCAGUUUCAGCUCCAUUUGUCUUUUAACUGACACACUGAACAUUGAUCACUAAAGUGUGGAGUAAAUACAGAAUGUCACUAAAGUGUGUGUGUGUGUGUGGUGUGUGUGUAUGUGUGUGUGGUGUGUGUGUAUGUGUGUGUGUGUCUGUGUGUGUGGUGUGUGUGGUGUGUGUGUAUGUGUGUAUGUGUGUGUGGUGUGUGUGGUGUGUGUGUAUGUGUGUGUGUGUCACAGCUGAACAGUCAACUGCUUCGUGUGCACCAGCUCGUACAGCAGGCUAAAGGAGGAUCAGAGGCGAUCAGUGAAGUGGAGAAGAAGAUUAAUCUGUUGGAGCAGCAGUACAUCAACACUGUUUAUUAUGAUCAGGUCUCAGUGCUCUGUGAUGUAAAGAGGAAGGAGCUGAAAGGCGUACUAGAGGAUGUUAUUGAACCAUGUAUAACGACUUGGAACAAAACGCAAAUACUACAGGUGAAACAGCGUGUACAUGAGGCUAUACAAGUAGGGAGAGGAGAGAAGAUCAGUGAAGUGGAGGAGGAGAUCAAUCAGCUGGAGCUGCAGCACAUGACCAGUGAAGAUUUCUCAGUGGUCUCAUGGUUCUGCAUGGUAAUGAGAGCAGAGCUGUUCUGGUACAGACUACUGAAUAGUGACAAAGAACAGCUAAUGACUGAGAAAAUAGAGAUUCUGUGUAAAGUGGAGGAGUUGACGGAUGCUUUAGAGAAGGUCAGAGUUGGAGGAGAGCGAGAGCAGAAGAUCCCGAGCUCCACAGAGGUGUACAAGAUGAAGAAAGAUCUGAUGGAGAUCAAAAAGUGGUGUGAAAAGACGGAGGGGAAAAUAAAUUACAUACAGCACAGAGAUGGAGCUGUUUAUGUCUAUAAAAAGAGGAAUGAGAUUAUUUCCUGUUGGUCAGUACUGUGAAAUGUCCAGCUCUGUGGGACGGUCAGAGACAGGAAGGAGAAGUGGCCUCUCCUUGACUGAAUGAAGAUCUAGACAUCAGAAGGAAAUAAAUGAACAGAUUCAGUGGUUGAUGAUCCGUGCCAUCAGACUAACUCUUGUCAGGAUUAAACUCUGCAGGAUUCCUGAAGUUUCUCCUACCAGAUUUACUCUGAUCUUUCUUUCAUCAACACAAUUCACUUCAUCUCUUCUGACUGGAUUUGAUUCAGAAAUAAAAGACUAAAGCUUUUCU